CAAAUACGGAUGGAUUCCUUUAACGACGUCACGUCACGUCACUCUGAUAUACAACAAUGCUUCCAAUCCACAUAUGCAAAUGCAACCAACCAUGAACCAACCCGUAUGAGUUUUGAGCCCUCAUUGGCAUAUUUCAUACUUCUCAAUUCGUUGGUCUUUACUUCAUUCUUUUUUGUAGAAUGUUUUGAGGGAAGAAAUCUGUUUGUUGGUUCUGGUAUGUGGACUAGUGUAAGUAGGGUAAUUAGAUCAAGAGGUUGUUAUGAUGCAAAUAGAGCUAAAGGGGUCCACGUUUUCAGAUUCUUAGCAUCAAUGGGGGUUCCAGCUCUGCAAGUCCUCCCAGGGGAGCUGUCAUGCCGUUUUAUCCGUAGAUGUUCUUCAAAUUCAUUGCUUUUACUUAAAGAUCAUUUUAAGGGAAAGAGUUUCAGAGUUAAAUGCUCUAAGGAUUUGGGAAAGAUUACAAGUUCCUCCAAGCUUUGUGCAGUUCGUGAUUUUUAUGGUUUGGAGAAACCAAAAUUGUUACGAUGCUAUUGCCGGCCAGCUGAAAGGGGUAAUGAGAGAAUUUUUGAGGAUGAGCAAGGAAGAUCGGUGCAUAGUAUUGCUCCUAAUGGUCAAACUUCUGCCACAGUUAACAAUGCAUUGCCAAACUCUAUUGAGGAAGAAGCAUGGGACUUGUUGCGAGCGUCCAUGGUAUAUUAUUGUGGCAAUCCUAUCGGAACAAUUGCUGCUAAUGAUCCUAAUGACUCUAGCAUUCUCAACUAUGAUCAAGUAUUUAUCCGUGACUUCAUACCCUCUGGGAUUGCUUUCUUGUUGAAAGGAGAGUAUGAUAUUGUACGGAACUUCCUCCUUCAUACUCUUCAAUUACAGAGUUGGGAGAAAACUAUGGAUUGCUAUAGUCCUGGACAAGGACUGAUGCCUGCCAGCUUCAAAGUGCGUACUGUUCCACUCGAAAAUGAUGAGAAUGCGACUGAAGAUGUGUUGGACCCUGACUUUGGUGAAGCAGCAAUUGGUCGAGUUGCACCCGUUGAUUCUGGAUUAUGGUGGAUUAUAUUGCUGCGAGCAUAUGGAAAAUGUUCUGGAGACCUUUCUCUUCUGGAGAGGAUCGAUGUUCAAACUGGAAUGAAGAUGAUAUUGAAGCUCUGCCUUGCAGAUGGUUUUGAUAUGUUCCCGACUUUAUUGGUAACUGAUGGUUCGUGCAUGAUAGAUCGACGCAUGGGAAUUCAUGGCCACCCACUGGAAAUUCAGGCAUUAUUCUAUUCAGCCCUACUUUGUGCAAGGGAAAUGCUAGCUCCUGAAGAAGCUUCAAUUGAUCUUAUCACAGCACUUAAUAGUCGCCUGCUAGCAUUGUCAUUUCAUAUCCGAGAAUAUUACUGGAUUGAUGUGAAAAAACUAAAUGAAAUCUAUCGUUAUAAGACAGAGGAGUACUCGUAUGAAGCAAUCAACAAGUUCAACAUAUAUCCAGAUCAGAUUCCUCCCUGGCUGGUGGAUUGGAUGCCUAGUAAAGGGGGUUAUUUAAUUGGGAACCUGCAGCCAGCUCAUAUGGACUUCCGUUUCUUUUCUCUUGGAAAUUUAUGGUCCAUUGUAAGCAGCCUUGCUACAACAGAUCAGUCUCAUGCUAUAUUAGAUCUUAUCGAAGCCAAAUGGGAAGAUUUAGUGGCUAAUAUGCCCCUCAAGAUAUGUUAUCCUGCUCUCGAGGGUCAGGAAUGGCGUAUAAUUACUGGUGGCGAUCCAAAGAACACGCCUUGGUCGUACCACAAUGCUGGUUCUUGGCCAACUUUACUUUGGCAGUUGGCCGUGGCAUCUGUGAAAAUGAAGAGACCAGAGAUUGCUGAAAACGCGAUUAAGGUUGCCGAGAGGCGCAUUGCUGGAGACAAGUGGCCAGAAUAUUAUGACACCAAGCGGGGAGGAUUCAUCGGGAAGCAGGCACGACUCUUUCAAACAUGGUCGAUUGCAGGAUAUCUGGUGGCAAAGCUCCUCGUCGCCAAUCCAGAAGCAGCAAAGAUGUUAAUCACCAUAGAGGACACGGAGCUUCUUAGCGCAUUUUCUAGCAUACUCAGUGCUAAUCCGAGGAGGAAACGCUCACGAAAAGGAGCGGUGAAACAGAGCUACAUAGUAUGAGUCCAUUAUCCCGUCUUCUUCGUUGUAUCUCAAAAGUUCAAGCAGCCACACGGGUUUUUCAUGCGUGCGGUUCUUUCCUUGUACCACAGCUUCUCGCUUAUUACCAUUAAAUUUCAUGUUUGCGACGGCUAGGUGUGUAACUAAUCCCUUUUAUGUGUACUUAUUCUGAAAGGGAAUUUCCUGCUGACUCUUACAGAUAUAUAGCUUUUGUUCUGUCAUCCUCUUCUUGUUAGUAUAGUGCUUGAAAAUGCAGGCCUGUUUUCAAGAAACCUAUUCUUAUAGCAUGAACAUUAUUAUUAGUUAUUUGAGUUAAUCAAA